GUCAUCCUGAUGCAGAAUCUUGGUACGAAUAUGUAAACAUUGUGCAGUUAAAAGUGUUCAAGUGCCGGGUUAGUGAAAUUCUGAUUUUAAGGAAUCAAUUGCAGCAGAUGAACGUAAUUUAUUUGUUGCAGGAAGUGAAUUACUGGAAAAGUAUUUUAUGGUAAUGAAAACGUUUACAAAAGUAUAGUGAAGAUCGUCGUCACAAAAAAAAAAAAUUUGAGCCCCCCUGAACGAACAAAAGUGGCAUCCACCGGCAACCAGCAGACAGUUGAUAACAACAAUACUAGUAACGAGUGUAAUGAUGACGGCAGUGAAAAGAUGAACUAUUUCGGUGUUCGCUAUUUUAGUAGCAUUUGUUAUUAUGUGAUUGUGGAUACAGAUUAGUUUCGGAAAAAAAAAUCGAACAGUUUGAAGUUAUUAUCAUUACCGGCUUGUUACACGUGUUAAUAUGGCAGCAAUUCCGUAUAUUACGGAGAUUUCAUCCAAGCUGAUUCGGAUUCUUGGCUGUAACCCGGGGCCUAUGACACUGCAGGGAACCAAUACGUAUAUUGUAGGAUCCGGUCGAAAGCGAAUAUUGAUUGAUGCUGGCGAUGCCGAUGUACCGGACUACAUAGGCCACCUCAAACAAGUUCUCAGGGAUAAGCAAUUUCAAAUCAACGACAUAAUAGUGACUCACUGGCAUCACGACCAUUUGGGAGGAGUGGAUGAUGUGCUAAAUGCAAUUGACAACAAAGAUUCCUGCAGAGUAUGGAAAUAUCCCCGCUCGGAUGCUACUGAAUCAUUCUCGAAAGUGAGUACAUUGAAGAACGGCCAGGUUUUUGAUAUUGAAGGAGCGAAAUUGGAAGUAGUCCAUACCCCGGGGCAUACAACAGAUCACGUAAUAGUUGUGCUGCGUGAAGAGCAGGCUGUUUUCAGUGGAGACUGUAUUCUUGGUGAAGGAUACACUGUUUUCGAAAACCUGGAUGAUUAUAUCAAAAGCUUACAGGUGAUUCAAAGUUUUCAACCGGUUGUCAUAUAUCCCGGACAUGGAAACAUUAUUCCCGACCCAAUGACGCGUAUUUCACAGUACAUACACCAUCGAAUGGAACGUGAGGCCCAAAUUAUGGCCGUUUUCAAAAAGCAUCCAAAUGAUGAGUUUACCGAAAUGGAUUUGGUGAAGAGGAUCUACACCGAUACGCCGGAACAAUUGUGGCCAGCGGCGGCCAUUAAUGUGAACCAUCAUUUGCAAAAGCUUGCGACGGAAAACAAGUUAGUCUUUGGUGGUAACUACUGGAAGCUUGUUCCGUCUUCUUCAUUGUAGAAACUAGUAAAAAUAGCGAAAUUGUGUUAAAUAUACGUUAAAAUAUAAUAGAAGUUGUUUGACUAUGUAAAA